CCUAUCAUACAUGCAGGAAUUCGACAACAUGAGUAUGACUUUUCUACUCAGGAGGAGCUCAUAUCGAUUAUGCUGGAACAUGUCAGUUGUAUUCCUGGUGUAAAAACAGGCAAUACUACGGGAGGCAUCUCAGAAAGUAAGCCUUUAUAGAUAAAACAGAACAUGUUGGUUACAAGUAUAAAUCUAAGUCUACAACAAUAUUAGACUUUCUUUAUUGUCAUUCAAAUUGUACCUUACUGUGCAGAUCAGAACGACAUUUCGUUGCAGUUGGCUCAUCAUCAGUGCAGGAUAAAAACAGCAACAAGCAUUUACAUAAAAAUAAAAAGUGCAAACAUAAAUAGGUAAUUAGGUAUAAAAUAAACUAUCAAGGCUAUACAAAUACUAUAGAAGAUAUAGACUACAUAAUACAAUUUAACGAGUUUGCAAGUCGUGGUAAAACAUGAGUCAAAGAUGUUUCCAACCAGGACUGAUGGAAUAGGCCUACAUCAAAAUUAAAUGUAUUUUACAAAUUUAAUUCAUGCUAUUUUACCAGAAAAAGCCUAUCUCUGAUAUUUACUAUUCCAGGAGAAGCCUAUUUCUAUAAAUGAAAUAUAAAUGGCUGUGCUUUACAACAACCCCUCUUCUAUUUCACAUAUUUCCACUGAAUUCAGAUGUAGGCUUUACACAAAUAUAUUACUUUUCCCAGGCAAUCAUUCACAUUUGGAAUAAACUCUCUUUACAUGUUAACCUGAUAGUCGGGUAGAGUUAGAGGCAUGUUGUAACAACCUGUGUUAUUCUUAGAUGUAAUCACUGCUGUCAGAGUAAGUGCUGCUAAUGAGUAGUGUUGUAUUCCCAGCAUGAUUUGUUCCACUUGUUAAUGCAAACUACUCAAGUCAGGAGGUAAACGUUAACUCUUACAGAAUAUCACAGUGCAGUUAAGUGAUUUCAAUUAUUGUGUUUGAUCAAAAACAGAUUUGUUAUUGGUGAACAUUAAAACCUACUACCAGCUUCAAGUUUUUGCUUGUGCAUUUUUGGUUUUAAAAUACUUUCACUAGCCUAAAUUUGUAGUAAAUAUGGCCAGGUCUGUUUUCUUUAGUAGUGUGCUGCUGGUUAUUUGUUUUUGUGGCUAGAACAAAGGACAGUACAUACUGAAGACAGUUAGAUACUGGUACAUUUGUCAACAUGCAUUGAUUCCUUCUGGUUUAUCAGUAACUUUUUCCACUCUGUGGCCAACAAAUGGAGUGAUUGGCUGUUUGGACGAAGGUGGGGUGUCAGUGUUAGCUGUGUCAUUAUGUUUCAGAAGGUGGUUUGUUCGUUGGCAUUUUCCAGUUUAUUUGUGAUGUCAUCUCCUGGUUAGUGAAAGAAAUUGUUCCCUGAGUUAACUAUAGCUAGCUCUUAUACAAUGAAUGUUCAAGAUUUUUUUUUCUCUGAUCAGAGUCAUUGAAAGUUCACUGAACUUGCACUGAUUGUCACCCUUUUUCUCCACAGAGCCUGACUUAAAGUCAUCCCCCCUCUCAGUUCCUGCUUCUAGCGGCUCCUCCGGGCAUGCUCCUUAAGCCAAAGUAUGGCCGCUUCCGCAACGAGUCUGUGACCUCCUCCUCCGACGACCUGAUGCAGAGCUUAGCCAUGAGCGGCAAAGUUGUGGCCACACCGGUGGUCCCCUCCUCCAACCCGAGCCUCAAUCUGCCUCCUCUGGAUCCCAGUACCAGAUCCUCCUCCUCUGCUGGGGCUGCAGCUCUGGCCGACUCACCCUGCCUGGACGGGGAACAGGAUGCCACCACUACCUUUUGCAUGCUCAUCCCAAGGAUGCCCCAGUGGAAGUUCUCAAACUCUCUGCUUAGUCGGAGCCCAUCCAACUCCAGCUCUAGCUCCAGUUCUAGCAAGGACUCAGGGAAGGCUUCAGCAGCUCCUUCCCAGAGCUCUGUCUCCCUUUCCUCAUCAUCACACAGGCCUGGUGGUGUGACCUCUGCCAGUGGCCCUGUGGCCAGUCUUGCAGCAGUGCUUAACUCCUGUGACCCUGUGUGUGUCACCCCCUGUUCUUUGCAGGCCAUUCGGGGGCAGAGAGCAGUAGCAGCGGCAAAUUCUGCAAAUUCAGGAGGGCACAGAUUUGGGGCCACAGAGGCUAUGGCGAGCCCUGGGGGAUCCAGCAGUGUCAGGUCAGGAAUGAGCCGCCGGACAAGGGUGGAGGGCAUGUGGCUUGGGGGAGAGGAAAUCACCCAGAAGGGAAACUUUAUCCACAAACCCUCUCAAGGCUGGCUGCACCCUGACAAGAUGAUUGCAGGACCAGGGGCCUCUUAUAUCGUAAGGUACAUGGGCUGUAUUGAAGUACUGAAGUCAAUGCGUUCCCUGGAUUUCAACACACGGACUCAGGUGACGAGGGAGGCCAUCAACAGGCUGUGUGAUGCUGUGCCAGGAGGAAAGGGAGCUUGGAGGAAGAAGGCUUUUAACAAAGCUCUCCAGUCCAUCAUGGGAAAGAGUAACCUGAGAUUUGCAGGCAUGAGUAUUGCAGUGAAUAUUUCCAUAGAUGGACUUGGUCUUCUUAUCCCCACUACGAGACAGGUGAUAGCACACCAUCCCAUGCAGUCCAUCUCCUUUGCCUCAGGGGGCGACACGGACACACCUGAUUAUGUUGCGUAUGUGGCCAAAGACCCGGUGAAUCAGAGAGCGUGUCACAUCCUGGAGUGCUCAGACGGUUUAGCGCAGAAUGUCAUCAGCACUAUUGGACAAGCCUUUGAACUGCAGUUCAAACAGUACCUACACAGUCCUCCCAAAACCAUGGCAUCUAUGGACAGGUCUGUCAGGACAGAAGAGCUGAUGUGGGGGGAGGAGGAGGAGUCCUCUGAACAUGACUACUACAACAGCAUCCCAGGGAAGGAGCCUCCUGUUGGAGGAGUGGUGGACUCCAGACUGAGGACCAGUGGAUCAAUGCUGGGUCACAUCCACACCCAACCACAGGCAAGCAAGACAGCAGCACAGAUGGGCUCACCAGCCAGGAGGGAGCCGGCAUCUUAUCCUCCUGGUCAGCUGUGCUAUGAACUUCACUGGGACACAGAGACAACCAGCGGCUCAGGUCUGACAUCAGAUGGGUACCUGUGUGCAGAUGGACAGGCACCAGGCGGCAGAGAUUAUGAAGAGCAUCAGUACGUUAACACCCAGAGUCUGGAAAACCUGGAAGCACUGGCCAUGGGCCCUGAUGGACACAGAGGGUCCAGGGCCCCGGACAGCCCAAAAAAGGACCUCUUUGACAUGAGGCCCUUUGAGGAUGCUCUGAAGCUCCACGAGGCCUGUGGUGGAGCCGCCGGGUCCAGUGUAUCCACUACAGCAGGAGGAGUUCGAGUCAUGGAGGACCAGUGGCCCAGUCCUCCACGUCGUCGAGCUCCUGUUGCCCCAAAUGAGGAGCAGCUCCGCAGGGAGGCGUGGUACCACAGCCGCAUGAGCAGGCGAGAUGCAGAGAGACUCCUGGUCCGGGAUGGAGAUUUCUUGGUCCGGGAGAGCACCACCAACCAAGGACAGUAUGUGCUAACCGGAAUGCACUGUGGUCUCCCCAAACAUCUGCUGCUUGUGGACCCUGAGGGAGUGGUCAGAACCAAAGACAUGCUAUUCGAGAGCAUUAGCCACCUCAUCUCAUACCACCUGCAGAAUGAGCUUCCUAUUGUAGCAGCAGAGAGCGAGCUCCACCUCAAACAGGUGGUCAGGAAGAAACAAUGGAUACUAGACUACCCCAUGCAAAAUCUACAAAAAACAUAACUUAACAGCAUUUAUCCCGGAUGGAUGUUUGGCUGGAAGAAUGGAUAACUCUGAUAACUUUUUCCGUAAACAAUUCUACUAAACGGAGCAAAGCCUCUGACAUCCUCCUGUACGUCUUCUGCUUUUGGACUGUCAGGAUGAACAAAAAGGAUCCCUCAUCUGGCAACAACUUCUCAGCAUGCAGUUACAGUACUAAGCUAAAAAAGAAAAGAAAAGAAAACAGACUCAGCAGUUUGAUUUUUUUUAUCCAGUGAAAAAUCAUUAUCUACCAACGUCAACUGAAGACUGAACUUCAGAGAAUCAAAUCAGGAUUUGAUCUACGGAUGGGAGAUGUCCUACAUGCCUCUAUCGAUGAAGUGCUUCCAGAAACAUCACACCUGUUGCCCACUGAACAAGUAACGGACAUCACAAGGACAAACUUAUGUGAUGUAAUAUCUGGGACAAACUGUUAUCAAACUCAGAUUAUAUGAGGAUAUUGUGUAGGUCUUUCUGCAAAAGAAAUUGGACUAUAAGAGACAACUGGGGGGAAAAAAUCGGAUUAUUACACAUAAAAAAAGACUGUUCAUGGUUAUUUUCAGGUCUUCAGUACCUGACUCUGAGAUGGCACAAAGGAAACCCCCUUAACACGAGUCAGUGCUGGGUGAAUUAGCCACAUUCUUCUGCCUUUUUUCCUCUAAAUACAAAACCUCUAUGUAAACAGCUGACUGGAUAUGGAGUUUAUUGACUUGAAAGUGGGAAGUUUAGUCACAUUUACCAUAAAUAUGAGUCAUUUGUGUUGUGUUUGUAAGGGCUGUUAAUAAUUUAAAGUGUUGUGUAAGCCUGAGAACCUGUUACUGGUCAAACUGCACUAACAUGAACGCUCUAUCCUGAGUUAAAAGGACUUCUCUAUAAAAACACUCAGUAUAUCCAUGCCUGUAUUUCCACAGCCUCACUUACUUCAGUGCCUUAAAGACUACAGAGACAGGCGUGUGUCAGUGUAUAUAAUAUGCAUUUAUGCUCCUAAUGCAAAACACUAGUUUUCAUGCCAUGCCAAUGAAUGACUGGACAAACUUCAGGAUGAUUAAGCUCUUAUUCUUGUAAACAGUGACGUAAGCUGCUCUUGUUUUGUGUGUUUAAUACGUCUUAUUGUGUCAUGAAUGCUGUUGUAUUUGUGUGCGUCUCUCACAACAAUCCCCUCAAUUUAAUGCAAGCCAUAAAUAGCAUCGGUCUGCAGUGAUUGAUGAGAAAGACUGGGGAUUUUGGACAUUAAAUUAAAUCCAUUAUUUGUCCCAGCUCGGGAAUACACGACUGUAUUGAUUAUCCUUAUCCCACUUCUGUCUUUAAUGCUCAGUGAUUUAAUUCUGCUUUUCUAGCCAAUUUCUGGCAAUCUAAUACUCAGAAAUCUUCCUGGAGGUACGCCAUAUGCUUUUUGCAUUUCUCUUCGUGUAAUUAGAAACAUGUCUUUAUUAAGGCCUUCCACUGUUCUGGGCUGCAGCCUCAUGAAUGCACAGAGAGAUGAGGUGAACAACAAGGCCUUUAGGGAGGUCCAAAUGUUUGAUUAUUUCAGAUCUCCUUUUUGCUUUCUCAGGAAUUUUUAUUGGACCUUCUCUUCU